AUGAACAUAUCCCAAGAUCUACUCAACUCUAACAUAAGCCCAGAAUAUAAUAGCCAAGAAGUAACCGACGCCUUGGUAGAUUUAAUAGUUAGUGAUAAUUUGCCAAUCAACAUUGUGGAGAGUCCACGGCUUAUUAAGCUAUUAAAGUUACUUAGAUAUACUCCACCUAAAUCAAAAUCUAUUAAGGAUUUGAUAAAUCAGCGAGCUGUUAAAAAGAGAGAAGAUCUUAAGAAACAAUUAGAUACAGCCAUUCAUAUAUCAUUUACAACAGACUCAUGGACAAAUAGCAUGCAAGAUAAUUUUACAUCAUUCACUGUUCAUUUUAUAGAUGAACAAUUCAAAUUUAAGAGCUAUUUGUAUGAUUUGGUUCCGACUAAUGAAGCACACACCCGUGAUAAUAUCCUGGAGACCAUCAACGAAACAAUUGGCUUCAACUCACCAAACAACCUAUUGCCAAAGACAUUUUCGGUGACCACUGACAAUGCCAGAAAUAUUGUAUCGGCGAUGAGAGAAAUUGAAAAUGACAUUAUACACAUUAGAUUAAGAUGUUUUUCACACACAUUACAACUAGUUGUAACAGAUUGUAUUAAGCUUGAUAAACCGAAAUCAGUAGAAGAGUUGUCUAUUGAAUUGAGCAAUGUAGUUACCAAUGAAGCUGCGACUGAAGCUACCACUGAAGGACCUAAAAAGAAACAAAAGAUCAAACCAUCAACAAAAGCAACAGCAACAGCAACCAAAAAUAGACAAGUAAAUACAUCUAAUCGUGGAUCAGUAGAAGAUUUAUCAAUGCAAUUAGAACUAAAUAAUAGUGUUGGAGAUAUUCAUUCAAGCUCAGUUGUAAACAGCAAAAUAACCAUAACUCAGCCAAAAGAAAUCAAUCUUACUUCAGCCUUAAGAAAGAUUAAAAAAACCCAAACCAACUAA